AGAAGGAGGAGGAAGAAGAAGGAGGAGGAGGAGUGGGAGUGGAGGAGUUUUCGCGCACUGUGACGGAACACAAAAAAAGUCCUCAAGUGGAUUCAACUUUUUCACCGCCGGACUUUCCUUCUUCGCCUUCGGACUUUGGGAUUCAACCAGCUUGCGGACUUUGGGACGUGACAAGGUUUCUAGUGUGGACCUCGACAAGAUGAGAUGAUGGACCCAGCUGCUGAUGUUUCCACCAUGUUUGGCUCCACUUCCACGGGAGGACCGCGCCGUUGGCUCCUCACGCUCGCCGCCUUCUUGUCCGUCGUGGGGCCGGCGAAGGUGCGCGGCGUGGCAGAAUUGGCGUUCAUGGAGAAUCCGGCGGCGGUGGUCUCGUCUCUGGGUCGUCCGGUGAGGCUGCAGUGCAAGCUGAGGGCCGCGUGCGACGAUGAGGAGGAGCGUCCCGACGUGGAGUGGCUGAAGGAUGGCGUUCCGCUUCGCACCGCCGAGACCGACCGGCUGGAGUUGCCAAACGGCCGCCAGCAGUGGGUGGUGGCGAGCAUGCUCAGGAUCGACAACGUCCAGCUCGGGGACAUGGGCAGCUACCAGUGUGCUGCUCAGGCACAAGGCCAGCAGGUCUUGUCUAAGGAGGGAAGCAUCCUAUUGGAGGGUCUUCCUCACUUUUCCACCGAGCCUCAGCACGUGUCCGUGGUGGCCAACCAGCCGCUGAGUCUGAAUUGCGUGGCCCACGGCCCGCCAGAACCCGUCAAAGUCAUCUGGCUGCAGGACGGCGCUCCUCUGAACACCCUGGAUGACCCGGUGGCCAUGUCGCCCUCCAUGCUCAACCUCACAGGUUUGAACCGGACCAGCACUUUCUCCUGCGAGGCCCAGAACAACAAGGGCGUGGCCGCCUCCGGAUCGGGCACCGUCACCGUUCUGCCGUCGCCGCCUCACCACCUGAAGGCCGCCAACGUCACGCCGACCAGCCUCCUCCUGUCAUGGCGGCCCGGCUUCGGGGGCGACUACCCGGUGGUGCGCUGCUCCGUGCAGACCUCGUCCGGAGACGCAGACGAGAUCAUUCACAACCAGAACGUCAACAUCCCGCCGGCUGAGCUCCUCUUGGAGGAUUUGGAGCCGCACAGCGACUACGCCUUCAGGGUGUCGUGCCACAGCAGCCAGGGGCCGUCUGACUGGUCGCCCUGGGUUCAGGUGCACACGGCAGAAGGAGUCCCGGACAACCCUCCAGACAACGUGACGGCGCUGCUGAACGGGACCACGCUCCAGCUGAUCUGGGAGAGACCGGCAGGAAAACUGAACGGGGACCUCCAGGGCUUCUUGGUGGUCUACAGCACGCCCAGCAUGCAGGAGGCGCUUGUGGUGGACGUGGGCCCUGACACGCAGCUGUCAAUCAACCUGUCCGUCCCGCUCAGCAACAUCACCUACCAGCUGUGUGCCUACACGGGGGCGGGGGAGGGUCCCUGGAUGGCGCCGCAGACCCUGGCGCUCGUCUCUCCUGAGUUUCGAGGACUGUCCUCGCCACCAGCCUUCUCCUGGCACUGGUGGUACGUGGUGAUGGCCGCCACCGGCGCCGUGGCCCUGGCCGUGCUCAUGGGCGUCUACGUGGGCAAGCUGCGGAAGAAGCAGACGCGCUUCGGCGAUGCCUUCCAGCCCAUCAUGGAGAGCGGGGAGCUGGUGGUCCGCUACCGAGCACGCCGCUCCUACAGCCGCAGGUCCACUGAGGCCACGCUGAACAGUUUGGGCAUCAGUGAUGAUCUGAAGCAGAAGCUGCAGGAUGUGAUGGUGGAUCGACACAAGCUGACUCUGGGAAAGACGCUGGGAGAAGGAGAGUUUGGCUCAGUGAUGGAAGGCCAGCUGACUCAGGAAGAUUGUGUCCUGCGUGUGGCCGUCAAGACCAUGAAGAUCGCCAUCUGCACGCGCUCAGAAAUGGAGGACUUCCUGCGCGAGGCCGUCUGCAUGAAGGACUUUGACCACGCCAACGUCAUGAGGCUGCUGGGUGUGUGUCUGCAGACGGUGGAGAGCGAGGGCUACCCCUCCCCCGUGGUCAUCCUGCCCUACAUGAAGCAUGGCGACCUGCACAGCUACCUUCUCUACUCACGCCUGGGAGACUGUCCUGUGUACCUUCCUGCACAGAUGCUGGUCAAGUUCAUGGCGGACAUCGCCCGCGGCAUGGAGUACCUGAGCAGCAAGAACUUCAUCCACAGAGACCUCGCCGCACGCAACUGCAUGCUGAACGAGAACAUGAACGUGUGUGUGGCAGACUUCGGUCUGUCCAAGAAGAUCUACAACGGUGACUACUAUCGUCAGGGUCGCAUCUCCAAGAUGCCCGUCAAGUGGAUCGCCAUCGAGAGUUUGGCCGACAGAGUCUACACCAGCAAGAGUGAUGUGUGGUCCUUUGGCGUCACCAUGUGGGAGAUCGCCACCAGGGGGCAGACUCCGUAUCCCGGUGUGGAGAACAGUGAGAUCUACGACUAUUUACGUCAGGGCAAUCGUCUCAAGCAGCCUCCAGACUGUCUGGACAGCAUAUACGCUCUGAUGUUCUCCUGCUGGCUGUUGAGUCCAAAAGAUCGUCCGUCCUUCGAGGUUCUGCGAGGUGAGCUGGAGAAGACUUUGGAGGAGCUGCCGGACUCCCAGGACCCUGAGGAGAUCCUCUACGUCAACAUGGACGACUCCUGCGUGGAGGUGGAGGCGGGGGCGGCGGGAGGCUCCUCCCCCUUGUGCCUGAAGGGUCUGGAGAGCACGGCGGUGGAGGUGCAUCGCCCCAACCGCUACGUCUUGUGUCCCCAGCACGCCUCCCUGGAGAGUCUGGACACGCCCACUUCCUCCCUGCCACUCAGACACACCGCAGAGCCGCUGGAGGACUCACACAAAGUUCCCUGGCAGUGAUCACGUUGUCACGGCAACCGCAGCUGAAGAACUUUUUCUCCAAGCAGCAAACGACCGCAGGUUCGAUUCCUCGCAGCAGAAGCACAGCGACUUUUUCAUACGCUCAUUUUUCUACUUUUGCACUUUUUAUACCAAACUUUGUUCCUACUUUUGUUCCACGUGGAGGAGAUGUAAGUGGGUGUGACAUCAUUGCUUGUUCCACGUGGAGGAGAUGUAAGUGGGUGUGACAUCAUUGCUUGUUCCACGUGGAGGAGAUGUAAGUGGGUGUGACAUCAUUGCUUGUUCCACGUGGAGGAGAUGUAAGUGGGUGUGACAUCAUUGCUUGUUCCACGUGGAGGAGAUGUAAGUGGGUGUGACAUCAUUGCUUGUUCCACGUGGAGGAGAUGUAAGUGGGUGUGACAUCAUUGCUUGUUCCACGUGGAGGAGAUGUAAGUGGGUGUGACAUCAUUGCUUGUUCCACGUGGAGGAGAUGUAAGUGGGUGUGACAUCAUUGCUUGUUCCACGUGGAGGAGAUGUAAGUGGGUGUGACAUCAUUGCUUGUUCCACGUGGAGGAGAUGUAAGUGGGUGUGACAUCAUUGCUUGUUCCACGUGGAGGAGAUGUAAGUGGGUGUGACAUCAUUGCUUGUUCCACGUGGAGGAGAUGUAAGUGGGUGUGACAUCAUUGCUUGUUCCACGUGGAGGAGAUGUAAGUGGGUGUGACGGUGCGACAUCAUUGCUUGCUAGAACUAUUUUUAGGCUUUCUAAAUACAACGUGACAAAAAUACUUCCAUCCAAAUGUUAGAAGUGGAACUAAUGUUCAUUAAUGUUCAUGGCUGCAUGACCAUUCUUGCUCACUGAAACUAUAAGUCAUACUUAAUUUUUUUUAAAUAAGGGACAUAUCUACUUUAAGUAGCAUUACAUUUUAAGUCAAAUUACAUCUAUUUUAAGUGGCAUUAAAUCUAUUUUAAGUAGCAUUACAUUUUAAGUCAAAUUACAUCUAUUUUAAUUGACAUUACAUCUAUUUUAAGUCAAAUUAAAUUUGUUUUAAGAGACAUUAAGUAACAUUGAAUCUAUUUUAAGUCAAAUUACAUCUAUUUCUAAGUCACAUUAAAUCUAUUUCAAGUCAAAUUACUUCUAUUUUAAGUCAAAUUACAUACUAAGUGACAUUACAUCUGUUUUAAGUGGCAUUAAGUGACAUUACAUCUAUUUUAAGUAGCAUUACAUUUUAAGGGACAUUACAUCUAUUUUAAAUGACAUUACAUCUGUUUUAAGUGGCAUUAAAUCUAUUUUAAGUAGCAUUACAUUUUAAGGGACAUUUAAUCUAUUUUAAGUGACAUUGCAUCUAUUUUAAGUCACAUUAAAUCUAUUUCAAGUCAAAUUACUUCUAUUUUAAGUCAAAUUACAUACUAAGUGACAUUACAUCUGUUUUAAGUGGCAUUAAGUAACAUUACAUCUAUUUCAAGUCAAAUUACAUCCAUUUUAAGUGACAUUACAUCUAUUUUAAGUGACAUUUCAUUUAUUUUAAGUGACAUCACAUCUAUUUCAAGUCAAAUUACAUCUAUUUUAAGUAGCAUUACAUCUUAUUAUAUUUGUUCAGUUUCUUAUUGGUUGAAGUGAAGCUCAGUCGUGUGCUUAAAAGCAGACAAAUAUUUUAAAAACAUUUUAAUCCGCUAUGUAGUGACGCAACAACACAAGGACUGAAUACUCAGUCUUACAUUUUGGUACUUAAAAAUGUUAGCAUGUUAUCAUUAACAUGCAAAUGGCUAACUUUUUUUCGGUGCUAAUUUUAAAGGUUCAGAGUACUUGACGUAUGCUAAUAUUAACAUGCUAACUAUUUUUUGAUCAUUUUACAGACAUACACCUCAGGGUCAUAUAUUUUAUACUUGAUGCAUGCUAAUGUUAACAUGCUAACUAUUUUUGAGUAUUUUGCAAGCAUAGACCUCAGAGUCAUAUACUUAGUACUUUGGUACUUCACCAAUGCUAAUGUUAGCAUGCUAGCUUUUUAAAAAAAAAGUCAUUUUACAGGUAUACAUUUCAGUCAUAUUUUUUUGGUACUUGACAUGUUAAUUAGCACAAAAAACCACUAGCAUACUAACAUUAGCAUUUUGGAUCACUACAGGCAAACAUGUCAAGAGUCCUACUUUGAUACUUCACACAUUAUUGUUAGCAUGCUAGCUUUUCUUUAAAGCUCAUUUUACAAUUAUACAUUUUUGUUCUUAACACAUGCUAACAUUAGCAUCCUGGCUUUUUUUUUGUUAAUUUUACAGGUCUACAUUUCAGUCAUAUAUUUUGGUACUUGACACAUACUAAUGUUAGCACGCUUGUUGUUUUGCUCAUUUUUCAGUCAAAUAUUUUGGUACUUGAGGUAUGCUAAUGCUGUUAGCAUGCUGAUCUUUGCAUUCCAGCUUUAUUUUUUGCUAAUUUUACAGGCAUACACCUCAGUCAAAUACUUUGGCUCUCGACGCAAGCUAAUGUUAGCAUGCCAGCUUUUUAGCCCUUUUAGUAGCUUUCAGUCAUGUAUUUUGGUAUUUGACACAUGCUAACUAUUAGUUUUUCGCAAUGAAGCUUGUACCUGAACAAUGCUUUCGUGGUGUUUCACGGCGACUAACAACGGAAGGAUUUCAAGCUCUGACCUCUCCUUGGCACAUCGCGGCCAAGGUCUAGGCGGUGGACUCGUACCGUCACACCCUGAGUUGGAGCGCUUCCUGCUCCUUGGAAAAGAAGACAGGAAGUUGUCAACAAGGCACUUAUUGACUGUAAAUAUUGUGAGAAGAAGUGAGCUUCAUGUUGAAUGUGGACUGAAGUGCCUUCGCCUUUAUUGUGUCACUUCUUAUAAACUUGUCCUUUUCUACAAA